GACAUUGCUAUGUUUAUUUAUAGUAGUUAGCAAACGUGGAGCUUUCCAGAAAUGGAAAGUUUCAUCCCCUUUGCCCAAAUAUAGGUUGACUAGUGGCUCAUCUGCACAUGCCUUGUUAUAGUUUAAUCUCAGGGAAAAAGUUGCAUCUUGGUUGCAGUGAUUCUGCUCGACUCCAUUCUUACUGGUCUGUUACAUGCAUCUCGAGAAAUCAAUAGUAUAAGCUUACUGAUACUUUUGUCCAAGUUGCUGCUGUGUCGAUGAUCGAUUGAACUAGUAAUAACAAGUUUAUAGAUUAUUAACAAUCCUCGAAUCUCAAUAGAUGGACACUGUCUUCCAUGUAGAUGGCUUAUAAUGAGGACUACGUAUUUAGAGUAAUCGUAAUCCCUUGAUAACUUUCUGAUAACAAAUUGAUCAGGCUGAUUAUAUAGGACAAAUUGAGAUUUAGGAAAGGAAACAGGAUUAAGAAGAAAAACGCAGAGGCCUGAGCACACGUGUUGGUCUGAUCUUGUAGGAUGGACUGUUUUCUGGCGACAUAUGCCUUGCAUCCCCGCCAGGACCACACCCUUAAUUAGUUUAAUUAGUGAUUAGGUGCUCUAACUACCGUGUCUCGCAGAUUAACCUCAUGUCUGUGGACUUACUCCCGAGUCAUCAGCAACAAAUAUUAUUUGAAAUGCAUAAUCUGUGAUUGAUCGCUGUGGACCCGACGCGACUAUCAUCGUCCACGUAUGUCUGCAUUAUAAUCAGGACUAUUUUAUCGGCCAGUAUGCUUGAGUAGACAGUGAUACUUGGGUACAUGUAUCAUGUAUGUAGAGUAUACAGAGAACUCAUCUGUCAAAGGCUCAGCUCGAAAUUUGGACCAAUGAGAAGCUGUGUGAAGGUUUUCGUCGCAAAUAUCCAUGUUUUUAAUAGUUUAUUACUCCCAAAGCUUAACUUUCAUUGGCUUCUAGGAUCUACUUAAUAAUCUGAGUACCUAAUGCACAUUAUCAAGCAUAGCUUUCAUAAACAGCUGCAAAACUCUUCUUACCACAACUUACUAGUAUUCUUUCCUUGAUUCAUCGUCGAUUCAGCCAUACUUCUUGCAUUAUAUAACAAAUGAAGUUCUUCAGCUGGAUGCAAAAUAAGCUUCACAGAGGGAAAGAGACCACAAAAUCAAACUCGACCUCAACUAAUAAUAAAUUGAUUCAAGAAACAAAAAAUGAAGAAUUCAAUGACUGGUCUAACGGAAUGCUGACAAUUGGAACUUUUGGUACAAAUGAUCUCCCAGACAACAGAGAGAGACAGAGACUUGAAGAUGAUGAUCAAUCUCUUUCUCAAGAAUUGGCUGCAGAAUUUACCCCCGAAGAAGUUGAAAAGCUACAAAAACAGUUGACUAAUCUGUUAUCACGAAAACCAGCUGCUAAAGUUGAUGAGAGAAUUGCUAAUCUUCCCCUGGACAGAUUUCUUAAUUGCCCGUCAAGCUUGGAGGUGGACCGUAGACUAUCUAGUACAGUAUGCAAUGACUUGAUUGAUGAAGAUAACGAAGACGAAGAAGACAUUGACAGAACAAUUAAAGUGAUUCUUGGUCGAUGUAGAGAUGCUUGCAUGGAAAGCAAUAAGAAAUCGAUUGGUAAAAAAUCCGUUUCUUUUCUCUUGAAGAAAAUGUUUGUCUGCAGAAGUGGAUUCGCGCCAACUCCCAGUUUCAGGGACACACUUCCAGAAUCAAGAAUGGAGAAGCUUUUGAGGACAAUGCUUUCCAAGAAGAUCUCCCCUCAGAAUACGUCUCGAGCAUCAUCAAUGAAAAAAUACAUAGAAGAUGUACAGAUGCCAAACAUGAGAAAACAAGAGGAAAAAGAAGACAAGCCAAAUGUUCAAAAGAGUAAAUGGGACAAAACAGAUUCAGAAUAUAUUGUUCUGGAGAUUUAGACACCGUCUCAUCCUCUUGCUGCGCAUUUGGAAUUGCACAAAUAUAUAUAUAAUUUUUUUACCGACGACAGGUUUAUGUAAAUUCAGUAGCUGCUCAUGCCUAUAGUGUUUUUUUUUUUUCUAAACCUCGGAGUUUAGGUUGCACGGUAAGAAAGCAACAGCCUUAGGUAGCAAGAUCUGAGCAAGUGAAGCAUGAUGGCAAACGGCGGAGAAAUUUAGAGCCUGAGUACAAGUUUACAAUAAACCAGACAUAAAAACUGAAUAUUUGUAGAUGAAACUAAUCAGGUUUCUCCUUUUGUAAAUGAUUCCUCAAUUCCCCUGUAGUUUUUUUUACGUGGUUGUACCGGUUUAAACCGAUACAGACCAUGUUAUGUAUUGAGGGAUUUUUGUAAUAGCAAGGGUUGACAUUAAUCAUCAUAUAAAAUUUUCAGUUG